GAAUUGAUCAGACAUUUGCCUCUGAAUAGUUAAACAAUAUACUAGCUCUUAAUGGUUCAGACCUCUUACUGGUUCAGCACUUAAUGGUUCAGACCUCUUACUGGUACAAUGAUGUUGGGUUUGAACAUCAUUGGCGUUUUAAAUUUUACAACAUUAAAAUUUCAUAAAAAUUAAGUUUUUGCCCAAAUCUGUGAACCGGCCGGAUUGACCCGGGUCACCCGGUUCUCCGGGUCCGACUGGUUUGGGCUCAAUACCAAAAUGGGUUUAUCGAUCAAAUAGGACCGGAUUUAAAAAAGGCCAGAUUUUCAGACUCCAUCAUCAACAGCUAAAACAUAUGCAUCUGGAAUGUGGCGUUGUGGCGGGAACCUACUGAGAAGGGCCUGCACAGGACGGCCCGUACUUUCUCACCCGCCGAACCGCAACGGUGGCGCGAUCCGAGCUCUCAUCGUCGGCUCGAAUGCGGCGGCGUCGAGUCCGAGCGCGUCGAUAUGGCGGCGCAAGAAGGAAUUGGGGAAAGAAGGUUUAAUGGCGGCCAAGGAGCUCAAGCGGUUGCAAUCCGACCCGAUCCGUCUCGAACGGUUCAUCAAGUCUAGCGUUUCUCGUCUGCUCAAAUCCGAUCUCGUCGCCGUCCUCGCGGAGUUCCAAAGACAGGAGCUUGUGUUUCUCUCCAUGAAGAUAUAUGAGGUGGUGCGAAAAGAGAUAUGGUAUCGGCCAGAUACGUUUUUCUAUAGGGAUAUGCUUUUGAUGCUUGCAAGGAACAAAAGAGUAGAUGAAGGGAGGAAGGUUUGGAAAGAUUUGAAGAGUGAGGGAGUACUUUUUGACCAGCACACAUUUGGUGACCUUGUGAGGGCAUUCUCGGAUGCUGGACUACCGGAGGAGGCAAUGCAUGUAUAUGAUGAAAUGAGAAACUCUACCGAGCCCCCAUUGUCUUUGCCUUACCGUGUGAUUUUAAAAGGGCUCCUUCCCUAUCCGGAUUUGAGAGAAAAGGUUAAGGAUGACUUCCUUGAGCUUUUCCCAGACAUGAUCAUUUAUGACCCUCCUGAGGACUUGUUCAGUGAUGAAGACUGGAGAAAUGAGAACAGGGAUGAGUGAUUUAUGCCUUGACACAAUGCUCUCUUUUUCUUGUAGAGAAGUGUUAUUAUCUCUACAAGUGGAUUGUUGAAAUGUUUGAUGUGCCAAGAAGAUCUUCGGAAAAUCGUUGAAUUGUAGUACCAUAGGAUCCCAAACGGGCCAAUUUCAUAUUAUGACGUUGGUCGCCAAUGUCAAAAAAACAGACCUGAAAAUGAAAAUUGACUAAUUGA